GUUCCCUCCCCCACCUUCCCUUCCUCCAUCACUAUCACUUUUCCCUCUUCUUCCUCCUCCUUCUCCCGCUACUCGGAUCUCCCCCCAUAAUCAUCCAUCUCCCCCGUGUGUGACAUCACCAUACACCCGCAUAUAUAUAUCAGAGCGCCGGGGGAAGACAUCCGGUGACGGACCGGAAGAAGCUCUUCUUGAGGAAGAGGAGUCACGUGCUGGGUGAUGUCAUCCCUCAGAGGUUUUCAGUCAGGAUCCGGGGGAGCCGCUCAACAAUGAGCUCCUUGGUGGCCUAUGAGGAGUCCGAUUCCGACGCGGAUGAAUCUCGUUGUACCGAAGCUACCGAAACAUCUGCCAGAAAACCGGAGUCUUCAGAAGUAUCGAGCAACGUCCCCCUCCACCCGAGCGACGUCCCUCUCCACCCGAGCAACGUUUCCCUGCACCCAAGCAACUUCUCCCUCCACCCGAGCGACGUUUCCCUGCACCCAAGCAACUUCUCCCUCCACCCGAGCUAUGUGCGCCUCCACCCGAGCAACGUGCCCCUCCACCCGAGCAACGCAAGCAAUGUACCCCUCCACCCGAGCAACAUCCCCCUGCACCUGAGUAAUGUCUCCCUGCACUCAAGUGACAUCCCCCUCUACCCAAGGAAUGACCCCCUCUACCCGAGCAACGUCUCCUUGCACCCCACCAAUGUUACCAGAAGGGCUCCUAGUUCUGGUGGGGGUCCACCCCCCUCUGGCAGCGGAGGGAAUCGCAGCACACAGAGGUUCCCCGCUAAUUCUCUUCCCACCAUGGACAGAAAAGUGAACAGUUCUGAUAUCCCCUCCGGAAACGCGGGGGCCGUCCAGCAGAAGAGGCCCCCCGGGGGCGGAGUCAGACCUUAUAUUCCUAAAAGACUCCGCCAGGAACAAUGCAGUGUGACGGAAGGGACCCAUAGAGACGGAGCGGGUCCAAUCACCGUCCAAUCAGCACGCAGCAUCUACAGAGCGUCUGACUACCUGGGGCCACACCUACCGCUAAAAUACACGGAGACGGAGAUCCCCCGCAACGUGGUGUUCCAGAUAAAGGAACACUCCGACCCCGUCAACCGCGUCCAGUGGUGUCCGGUGAAGCAGUACAGCCACUUACUCCUCUCCGCCUCCAUGGAUGCCACAGUCAAGGUUUGGGACGGAGUGGACAGCGGGAAGUGUCUGCGCACAAUCACAAGUCACCGGCUGGCAGUGCGGGAUGCACAGUGGUCUGCCUGCGGCCAGAAGAUUCUCACCGGCGGCUUUGACUCCACUUUACAUAUAACUGAUGUGGAAACAGGAAAAGACCUUCUGAGCGCAAACAAUGAAUGGAAGAUCGGCGCAGUCAAGUUUCACCCAAUUGACCCGAAUCUUUUCAUAUGUGCGGGGUCCUCGCCAACCGUAAAGGCGUGGGAUGCCAGGAUGAACAAGGUGAUCCAUGUGUAUAAAGCUUCAGUGCAGCAUCACUUCGCUGUCCUCUUCCUCCCCGGGGGGAAGGAAUUUGUGAGCACAACAGACUGCGUGAGCCGAGAUUCCGCCGACCGCACCAUUAUUGCUUGGGACUUCGGCACAGCCGCCAAAAUAUCCAAUCAGAUAUUCCAUGAGCGGUACACCUGUCCCAGCCUCGCCCUGCACCCCCAGGAGAGCGUUUUUAUCGCACAGACCAACGGGAACUACAUCGCUUUAUUCUCCGCCCAGCCCCCCUACAAGAUGAACAAGAGGAGGAGAUAUGAAGGACACAAGGUUGAGGGGUUCUCUGUGGGAUGUGAGGUGUCCCCCGAUGGGUCACUUAUUGUCACGGGAAGUUCGGACGGCUCCGUGUAUUUCUACAAUUAUCACACUUCCAAGAUGAUCAGAUCGCUGCCUGGUGACGGCACCGCGUGCGUCAGCGUUUCCUGCCACCCAGUUCUCACCUCCCUGCUGGCCACGGCACACUGGGAUGGACAGAUCCGAGUCUGGCAGUAGCCGUAUUGUGACCCCCGACCCCCCCCCCCUGGCUGUACGACC